CUUUCUGAUUCAAGAACCAGAAAAAAAAUGCUCAAAUGGCCGCUUUCUGUGACUCUUUUCUAAGCACGCAGUUAUGCUUUAAGGGUCAUAAAGUAUAUAUAAGCUGCAUCAUGAGCAAUCCACAUUGUCUCUCCUUCUCUGUGAUAAUUUUAGCAUGACAAACGCUGAAGUUUAUCUAGUUUACAUAUUCCUCUUGAUCAUUUCUGCCAUCAUACUAGCCAUUUUCAAAACUCGAACCACCUCUAGUCUUCCGCCUAGCCCUCCUAGAAUUCCAAUCAUCGGUCAUCUGCACCUUCUUGCCCCUAUACCACAUCAGGCUCUUCACAGGCUCUCGACGCGUUAUGGACCUUUAGUCCAUAUUUUCCUUGGCUCUCAUCCUUGUCUAGUUGUAUCAUCUCCUGAAAUGGCAAAAGUGUUUCUCAAAACACACGAAGCAUAUUGGUCAGACCGGCCUCAAACUGAGGCCACGGAUUACCUAACAUACGGUUCACAAGACUUUUCAUUUGCUCCGUAUGGACCAUACUGGAAGUUCGUGAAGAAACUAUGUAUGUCUGAGCUUCUUGGUGGUAAAACUCUUGAUCUUCUACUGCCUGUUAGGCGCUAUGAGAUCGAGAGCUUGGUGAAAGUAAUGUUGGAGAAGUCUAGAAGUGGAAAGGCAGUUGAUAUUGGUGAUGAGCUCAUGAGGCUCACCAACAAUAUAAUUUCAAGAAUGAUUAUGAGGGGGAGGUCUUCAGAGAAUGAGGAUGAAGCUGCGCGAGUUAAGAGCUUGAUUAAAGAGGUAGCGGAGAUUACAGGCAAGUUCAAUGUAUCCGACUACAUAUGGUUUUGCAAGAAUUUGGAUUUGCAGGGUAUUAAGAAGAGGCUCGUGGAUAUCCGUAAAAGGUUUGACAAAAUGAUGGAGAGGAUUAUAGAGGAGCACAUUGAUGCAAGGCUGAAGAGGCAAGAGAAUGGGAAUGGAGGUGAAGUAAAGAAACACUUGCUUGAUAUUCUACUUGAUAUAUCAGAAGACGAGAGCCUUGAGAUUAAAUUGAGCAGAGAGAACAUCAAGGCUUUCAUACUGGAUUUAUAUGUAGCUGGAACAGACACUUCUGCUGUCACAAUAGAAUGGGCGCUUGCAGAGCUAAUUAACCAUCCGGAAAUUAUGGAUAAGGCCGUACAAGAAAUAGAUAAUGUUGUUGGAAAAAACAGAUUACUUGAAGAAUCUGAUAUCGUGAAUCUCCCCUACCUUCAAGCUAUUGUCAAAGAAACACUCAGACUUCACCCUGCUGGUCCGCUGACAGUAAGAGAAAGGAGUGAAGAUUGUACCAUUGAAGACUACCACAUACCUGCAAAGACUAGAGUCUUUAUCAAUAUUUGGGCUAUUGGGCGUGACACGAAUCACUGGGAAAAUGCACUUGAAUUUAAACCUGAAAGAUUUCUUAUGAGUAGUGAAGACAUGAACCAUGGGAAAAGCCAAGUAGAUUUUAGAGGACAGCAUUUUCAUCUGUUGCCAUUUGGGAGCGGACGAAGAGGAUGUCCAGGGUCUUCACUUGCUAUGCAAGUUGUCCAGACAACUCUUGGUGUAUUGAUACAAUGCUUUGAAUGGAAAGUAGGAGGUGCAGGGGAGAAUGGUGAGCAUACUGUGAGUAUGGAAGAAGGCUUGGGUUUGACACUUCCGAGGGCUCAUCCUUUGGUUUGUUUUCCAGUUACUAGGCUUGAUCCAUUCCCAUCCAUUUAGGAGCUGUCUUUAUAUUGUAACGUUUAAAUAUCACUUUGAAGUGCCUAUCAAAAAGGAAAAGGUAUAUGCACAGGUACACUGGUUCCUUUAGUGAUUUUA